AUGAGUCUACAACCUCCGUAAAGGCAGUCAACAAACCAGACUUCUGGUACAAAAAUCAAUCUAAACUUAAUUCCUAACUAAUUCGUCUCACCUUCUUCUGGCAGCAAGAAUGGCUAGCAGUAUUUAGCACAGCAUUUUAAGAAUCAUAUUGCCAAGAAUAUUAAAGCAAGUGAGGUAGAUAUUGAAAACAGAGAUGCUAUGAAAAGAGUUAGAAAUAAGAUGGAGAGGCGACCAACAAUGAAUAAUUGCAAUUAUGAAGAUAUAAUGGUGUAGCUGAACCAAGAGAUACUAUCCAAAUUCAGAAAAGAAAAAACUUUGAGAGCCCCUUCAGACUCGCCAAUGAAAGGUCAAAUGUCGCAUCGAGAGGGUUUUGAUUAUAAGCCAGACAAUAACCAUUCGGUAGUGUUGAAAGAUAAACUUAAAAUUAAAACCAAUUUGGACAAUUCUAUUGGAAGCAUUUUUGGCAAAGGACCUAGCUUUGAGUAUCCUGCUCUCAACUUUUCACCAAUAACGCCUUCUCGUGCUAAUAUGCUCAUGGAUUAAGUUAUGAAGUUCAACUCAAUGGAGUCUCCGUCCAAAUGGAAAAUUCUAGGUGAUGUCAUAACUAACAAAUUUAACUAGAAACUGCCUAUUAAAGAAAUGAUCGAGUAAACCCAUAUGAAGGACAAAGUUUUUGAUAAAAUCUACUAAAAAUUCGCAGUGGGAUAAAAGCUGAAAAGGUAUGAUCUUUACAUGAGUGAAGAAGUUGGAAGAAAAGAGAUGAAAUAAUUGAAGCAAGUAGUUUUUGAAAGUAAGGAACAGCAGAGCAUGAGUUUCAAGAAUUCUAAGAAACUAAAAUAGAUUUAGAUUUAAUAAACUUUGGCUUCAAUUUCAAAGAAAGCUGCCUAAUCAGAGUAAGAGGAAAAGCAAGCUACUUAAUCUUAUAUGCAGACUAAAAAAUCUAAAAAUCACUAGCUUCUUGCAAUUAAGUAAGCUGUUGAUAAUAGAGAAAUCACACUGGACGAAGCCAAUGAAAUAAUUCUCUAGCAUAAUAAGUAAUUAAAUGAACAGCUUUUCAAAUCAGUUAAAGAUAGUAAAAAUGGAUUUGAUACUAUCCUUAAAGACUUUAAGAAGAGAAUAUUUAUCAAACCCACUCUAAAUUUAAAUAAAUCGCCUAGAAAGUAUAGUAUUAGUCCAGAUAAUAGAAGUCAUUCUAAAAAUUCAAGAGAUAGUCAGAUGAGACCUAAAUCAGCCACAGCAAAUAGGAGUAAAUUUCCAAGCUAGCAUAAGAGAAUGGAUUCUAUGCAGGAUAGUAAUGCUGGUACUCGAAAAAUUGAGAGUUUUCACGAACCUCUCAAAAAAGAAACUGUAAAGCAAAAGUCAAGUCAAUCAAUGCUAAAUUUAUAAAAUACCAAAGACAGUGAUGUUAAAAGUCCUAGAUCAAAGAGAUCUCUCGUUAAUAUUUAAUUAAUAAACUAGGAUAUUAAGAACACAGUUGAUUAUUUCAUUUAGUAAGGCAAAGAAUCAAAAAAGCAGAGGCCAAAAACUACCAAGACAAGUAUCAAGCUUAAGAGUAAUACAAGGCCAGUGAGUAUUUCUUACGAUAAUGGUAAAUACCCUGGAAUAAAUUUGAUAAACAAGAAAUACGUUUACAGAGACUGGAGAGAUUAUCUGUAUGGCCCAACAGAGUCAAGUCUAUCUUAUAAGCAAAAGAUGAUUCUAACAGGUAAAAAAUCCUUGAAGAAAAGUCCAACUUUGAGGUACACCAAUAGGAAGGUAAACUCUUAAAUGAUGCACAAACUUUUCUAUUAUCCCUAGGAUAGUAAUAGCCUGUGGCAAGGAAAUAACCCUACGAAUUAGUCUACUGAGAUUGGGUAACUGUCAAAAGAUACAUUCCAGUUUAUAAACUCUAAUGUAAAUAGAAUAAACAGUAAUAAUGCUCAUAAGGAUUUCGGAAGAGGUCAGAAUUCUUUGAACUUAACUUAAUUUGACACAAAUUAGAGUGAAAGCUUUAUGAAUGCUCAGUUUAAAAAUAGUAGUAAUGUAGAUGCUCACUAUAUGAACAUUCAAAUAGGUGAUAUUGAUGCAUUUAAUAGAAGAAGAAAAAGUUCUGGCUCUGAUCUCAGUCUUAAAAAUUCAUAAUAUAUCUAGCAGGAAAAAAAUAUUGCAUCGAAGCAGAGUAUUCAUAGUCAGCAUAGUCUAAAAAGCAAGCAGAAAUCUUAACAUUAAUAUUAUCUUUGA